AGCGACUGUACUUUACCCAAAGACGUCGGAGGCACAAUGUCCCAACAGUCUCCAGCCGACCCGGAACGGCCAGGAAAUGCAGUCGUGGUAUGUUUGGGUCCCGUAGGAAUUGACUACAUCCCCACAGAAGAGGAGAGGAGAGUGUUCAGGGAGUGUAAUCAGGAAAGCUUCUGGUACAGAUCUCUCCCUAUAUCUGCCAUCAGCAUGGCCUUCACUCAGUUCCUUAUCUCUAGAGGUGCUCUUGCAGCCUCCGGUAGAUUUGGAUCUUUGCCCAAAGUUGCUUUUGCUGGUGUUUUUGGCUACCUGGGAGGGAAGAUGUCAUACAUGAGGACAUGCCAGGAGAAAUUUAAGAGCUUGGAGAAUUCUCCACUGGGGGAGGCCCUGAGACAGAGACAGCGGCACCAACCACCAGUGUUUACCCAAAAACACCCAGAAAUGAGUGAUCCAAACAAAGCUGAAUUUGAGCCGACCUUUCAACUUGAUGAUCAGAGGAAUCAGUCUUUUUACAUUGACCCUAUGUCCUCAGCAGCUCAAUAUGACACUCAAAUGACAGAACCAAUGAACAUUGAGGAGGAUGUACAGAAGAAGCACAUUCUGUAUGAGGACCUACAGAGUAAGAACAGGGAAAACUAUGACAAACCAGAGCCACUGUUGAAGCCUUCACCUGAGACCAUCCCAGCCAAGCGAGGGAAGAAGAAUAUAUACGGAGACACAUGGGAGGAAUGAGAGCUGCUUCAACACUGUUUUACUGUCUAGAACUGUCUUUUAUGAUACAAAUGUCUAACUGUGUCUGACAAAUGUCGGUUAUUGACUGUACCAGUUUAAUUUAAUUAAAGACCAUUUUUAUUUUAAAACUGUGUGCAGCUUAAAGGGAUAUCUUUUCACCUUCAUUUGCUGGUUUCCAUUGACAUUUUUAUAGUAUUUAGAGAAAAGAAAAGAAAAAGAAAAACACUACGCAAGUCAAUGGAGACCAGCUGAAGGUGAACUAUCAUUUUAAUACAUUAUCUAAUAAUAGCAGCGAGAUUUACAUUCCUGGAAGAUUGGUGCUUUCGCACUCACUGAACUGGUCCCAAAGCUCCAUUAGCACUGCAGUCCAGUUGCUAGUAUUUUGAGUUUUAUCACAUCAUUACUGUCUACAAAACUGUAUGUUUGUCUCUGAUAGUUUUUUUUUUUUUUUGUCAUUUCAUUACAAUCAUUUAGGUCAGUGGCACAUUUGUUUCAAGAAUGAGUUGUCAUCUUAAUACCUGAGAUUCAUAACCUCAUAAUCAAAGUAUGAGCAAUUAUUAGCAGAUACAGUUUUGAUAAAACUGACUAAACCACAAUAAUUAUAGUAAAAUACUUUGACAUUAAACCCUUUGAAUUUAAACAGACAACACAAUAUAUAGUAGGCAUACAACAACCAGAAUUGAAAAAAAAAAAAGAAGAAGAAACAAAUCAAGUUGAGCAUAUUUUAUUUCUGUACAGACAUUGUGCAUAAAUACACUGAAAUAUUUUUUUUGAAAAAUAAAAACGAUGUCCCUGGGAUUUGGGAUGACAUCA